AUGGCCACAUCAGCACCACUGCGGAGCCUGGAAGAGGAAGUGACCUGCUCCAUCUGCCUUGAUUACUUGAGGGACCCUGUGACCAUUGACUGUGGCCAUGUCUUCUGCCGCAGCUGCCGCCCUGCCUCAGGGGGCCGCCCCGCUUGCCCCCUCUGCAAGAAGCCUUUUCAGAAGGAGAACAUCCACCCAGUGUGGCAGCUGGCCAGCCUGGUGGAGAACACUGAGCGGCUGAAGGAGGACAAGGGGCAGCCCUUGAGGGACGCAGCCCUGGAACAGCGGGAUGCAAGGCCGUGUGAGCGGCGCCGGGAGAAGCUGCACUAUUACUGUGAGGACCACGGUCAGCUGCUGUGCGUACUGUGUAGAGAGUCCCGGAAGCACCGGCCCCAAACCACUGUCCUGCUGGAGAAGGCCACCCAGCCCCACAGGGAAAAAAUCCUGAACCACCUGAGUACUGUAAGGAGAGACAGAGACAAAAUUCAGGACUGUGAGGCGAAGGGAGAAGCUGAAAUCCUGGCUGUGCUGAAGACACUCCAGGAGCAGAGGCAGCACAUCACGGCCGAGCUGGAGCAAGGCCACCAGUUCCUGAGGGAGAGGGAGCAGCACCUGCUGGACCAGCUGGAGAGGCUGGAGCAGGAGCCCAGAGGCAGGGAGAAGCACAAAGCCAGGGGCACCCGGGAGCUCACCUGGCUGACGCUGGCCAUCCCCGAGCUGGAGGGCAAGGCACAGCAGCGGGGGCAGAUGUUGGUGCAGGACACCAGGGCCUUCUUGAGCAGAUAUCCACGGAAGAAGUUCUGGCUUGGGAAACCCUUUGCUCGGGUGGUCAAAAAAAGGACAGGAGAAUCCUCAGAUAAACUUCUGUCUCUGCAGCGACCUGGAGAAUUCCAGGGGAAGCUGCUGGGUGACUUGGAAUAUAAGACAGUGUGUGUCACCCUGGACCCGCAGUCAGCCAGCAGGUACCUGCAGCUGCUGGAGGACUAGAAGUAUGUGGCCUAGCACGGCCUGUCCCAUGGCGCCUACCUGCACCCCCAGCAGUCUGACUGUGAGCCGGAGCUGGGCAGUAAGGGCUUCACCUGGGGCAAGGUCUCCUGGGAAGUGGAAGUGCAGAGAGAGGGCUGGUCCCAGGACGAGGAGGACUGGGGGGGACACCAGGAGGAGGGAGAGUGGGAGGCUGGCUCUGCGGGUGGAUGCUGCGGCUGGGGAACCAAUGCGGACAAGGCAUCGUUCGGGGACCAGGAGGAGCAGGAGGAGGGUCUGGAAAGCUGCAUGGUGGGGGUGGCCAGAGACUUUGUGAAGAGGAAGGGAGACCUCUCCCUGCGGCCAGAGGAUGGGGUGUGGGCACUGCGCCUCUCUUCCGCAGGCAUCUGGGCCAACACGGGCCCUGAGGCCAAGCUCUUCCUGGCAGUGCGGCCCCGGAGGGUGGGCAUUGCCCUGGAUUACGAAGGGGGCACCCUGACGUUCACCAGCGCUGAGUCGCAGGAACUCAUCUACACCUUCACUGCCACCUACCGGCACCUGGUCCCCUUCCUGUGGCUCAAGUGGCCUGGAACACGCCUCCUGCUGAGGCCUUGA